AUGAGUUCAGAUAAAUCAAAUUUACUAAAAAAAUACAAGAUUGUAUUUCUUGGUGAUCAAAGUGUUGGUAAAACUUCAUUAAUUACCAGAUUUAUGUAUGAUACAUUUGAUGAAACUUAUGCUGCCACCAUUGGUAUUGAUUUUUUAUCGAAAACAAUGUAUUUAGAAGAAGGCAAAACUAUUAGAUUACAAUUAUGGGAUACUGCUGGACAAGAAAGAUUUCGAUCAUUAAUACCUUCUUAUAUUAGAGAUUCUCAUGUUGCGGUAAUAUGUUAUGAUAUAACCAAUAAAAAAUCAUUUGAUAAUCUAGACAAAUGGAUUAAAGAUGUGAAAUUAGAAAGAGGUGAUGAUGUAAUAAUAGUAUUAGUUGGUAAUAAACUGGAUUUAGCUAGUGAUAAACGACAAGUUAGUUUAGAUGAUGUUGAACAAUUACAAAUUAAAAUUGGAGCUAAAUUUUUCAUUGAAACUUCAACUAAAGCAAAUCAUAAUGUGAAAUUAUUAUUUAAAAAAAUUGCUCAAUCAUUACCUGAUUUUAAUCAAGAAUCUAAUGAUAAGGCAAAUGAUGAUCACAACCAAAACAAUAAUCAACUGGAAACUAUUGAUAUAACUAUUGAUAAUACUGCUGGACCAAAUUCACAAGGUACCAGUACUUGUUGUUAG